AUGGAGUCUUACAAAAGUCUGAUGUCCCUCCUCCUUCUCUUCACUCAUUUGGCCCAUCUCGCGCAAGCAGUGGAAUACAAGUGGGUUUUCACCUAUGGAGACCCCAACUCGAACGUCGUGUGUCAUGCUGGAUUCAGCAUCUUCCUCCACACUCAGAGGCCGUACAAUGCCCCGUCUGCCAAAUUGAUAUUUGUUGAAUGCGCCACCAAUGGAGGAGACCCGGGACACUCGAGUACAACCGUCCUCUCAUUAAGUGGGUCUCAGGCCCCUCAAAUUUACAUCACGCCGCUGGACCCUCAUACAAGCAGAGGUGAUGUGGGAUUCGAGAUCGGCAUCAACCAGCCUGCGCUCAACUUUGCGGAUAGGACAAUACCCGCAAUGAACCCAAGAGUCAAUAUGUACACUACCGGCACCGGUGUGUUUCUCGGACAUUGUUCGUACAGACAAGGUGCUAUUCAACUUGCGCAAUAUAACGGGCAGGCGGAAAUUCCUUACACGCCUCUCCCAACACAUGACGACUGCCCAGCAGGCACUAGUCAGGAUAGGACUCAAAGCAUUGGCCGCUGGUUGUUGUGCCAAUUGGGUUGUGGCAAAUUUUAA